AUGUAUCCGGCCGAUGGACAAAAACUCACCGAUAUAAACAGUGACUUCACCCAAAAGCGAGCCACCCAGUUCGAUCUGAAGGGUUGGGUCAAGAACACCAUUUGCGGAAGGGUCGAAGGAGAAGCCCAAGGCCCCGACGAGGCGAUCCAAAAUCUGCUCAAGGAAAUCAACAACGGGCCGCGUCUAGCGCACGUAGUCAAGGUGGAGAAGAAGGGGAUUGAGCUACAAGAAGGGGAGAGUCAGUUCGGGGUCAAACGGACUUCGGAGUCGGCAUUUGAUGCUACGACUUGA